CCUCACUCACUUGACUCGGAGUCAGAAAUUGAACAAUAAUUGCGUAAAUCCGAUCCAAGAUCGAUAGCAACGCUGUCUUUCUUCCAUCGUCCCCUCUCCCUCUUGUACUAUAGUUCCCCAAUCCGUGUCGCUGCGCGUGAGAUAUCCACAAUGGCCCAGAAGAUUCGUUCGGCGGAUGGGAUUCUUAGAACUGCCCCCGAGCCGGGGCAGGCUUCCAUCCUUCCCAAAAAUGGAGAAACCAACAUCUUGAUCACCUCUGCCCUGCCCUAUUGCAACAACGUUCCACACCUCGGCAAUAUCAUUGGCAGCACCCUCAGUGCGGAUGUUUUCAGUCGGUAUAGCCGGACGCGUAAUCGGACAACACUCUACAUGUGCGGGACGGACGAAUAUGGCACGGCAACGGAGACCCAAGCAUUGAAGGAGGGAAUCACCCCACGAGAACUUUGCGACAAGUAUCAUCUCGUUCAUAAAGCGACCUAUGAGUGGUUCGACAUCGGAUUUGAUUACUUCGGACGCACAUCCACCCCGUUGCACACAGAGUACUUGGCUGUGUCUUUCCAGUUAAAUGCCGCUAAACCCACACUACUAGAAUCUCACAAGGUGUCUUCUCGAACCUUGGACAGCAUGGGCUUCUUGAAAAGCAAGACAAAGCUCAGACGUACUGCGAGGGUUGCUCCAAGUGGGUCGUCUUCAAUCACAACUCUGGAGAUCGCCAACAUGCGUAUUAGAUUCUUGGCCGAUCGAUUCGUGGAGGGAAUAUGUCCGAAUUGUGGUUUCGAAGAUGCCCGAGGUGACCAAUGCGACAACUGCACGCGCACAUUAGACGCUGUGGACCUCAUCAAGCCCCGCUGUUUGGUCGACAAAACACAUACCGUUACGACUCGAACUUCGACGCACAUGUACUACAAGCUGAAUGAAAUCCAACCGAAGACGGUCGAAUGGAUCAAACGCUCCAACGCAGCGGGGAAAUGGUCAUCCAACUCUGUUAUCAACUCUGAAGGGGAGAUCAUCGACUCGCGAUUGAACAGCGGUCUCCUCCCGACUCCGUUGACCAGAGAUUUGAAAUGGGGUGUGCCAGUUCCUUCUUCAGGUGACGACGGGAUGGAGGGAAAGGUGCUAUAUGUCUGGUUCGAUGCCCCGAUUGGGUACCCAAGUAUCACAGCCAACUACACGCCGGAAUGGAAACAAUGGUGGUUCAAUCCCCAGAAUGUCAAGUUGUACCAAUUCAUGGGCAAGGACAACGUCUACUUCCACACUGUCUACUGGCCGUCCGUCCAGCUUGGUGAUGGGCGGGAUUGGACUAUGCUCCAUCACGUCUCAUCGACUGAAUAUCUGACCUACGAGGGAGGCAAGUUUUCCAAAAGUCGGAACCGCGGCGUGUUUGGUCCUUCGACGAAAGAGACAGGGAUCCCGCCCUCUGUCUGGCGAUACUAUCUGCUGGCCUCCAGACCUGAGCACGCUGACUCUAUGUUCUCAUGGACGGAAUGCAUUGCGGCCAACAACAACGUUUUGCUGAACAAUUUCGGCAAUUUCGUGAACCGAACACUGAAGUUCGUAUCGUCCCAAUACGACGGUGUCCUGCCUGAUGGCGGCGAUGCACCUGGGCCGCUUGCUCUUGAUGACGCGGUCGACGCCAAAUUUAUUGAAGAAGUGAACGGACUGCUCAAGGCUUACACGGAAGCCAUGGAUGCUGUGAAGAUUCGACUGGGACUUCAGACAGUAAUGCUGCUUUCCGGUGUCGGCAACACCUAUCUCCAGUCGUCCGGUCUAAAUAAGACCUUGAUGACCGAGAAUCCAGCCCGCUGCGCCCAGGUUGUGGCGCGUGCUGUCAACCUGAUCUACGUGCUUUCCACGCUCAUCUAUCCAUUCAUGCCCGCGACUUCUGAUGCCAUACUGGCACAGCUGAAUGCCCCAGCGCGCGCUGUUCCCGAUGCUCUUUCUGCCGACAUACUGACCGGCCACACGCUCGGCAAACCCACACAUUUGUUCAAGAGGAUCGAAGAGAACAUGGCCAAAGUCUUCCGCCAGAAGUUUGGUGGCAUCGAGGCCGGUCAGACGGAAGCAACAGCGCCUGCUUUGUCCAAGAAACAGGCGGCUGCCGCUGCCAAGAAAGCUGCUGCUGCCAAAGCAGAUGUUCCCAAGUCUCCAGAAUACCUGGCACUGGAGGCCAAGAUCCAGGCACAGGGAGACCAGGUCCGAUCUCUCAAGUCACAGCCCAAAUCAACCGAGCUCGAGUCUCAGAUUGCGGCUGCAGUCGAGGUUCUCAAGGGUCUCAAGCUCGAAUUGAGUACGCUCCCGUAGUGCUAAUAUAGAUCUGUUGUAAUUGGAUACUCAUGUCGAACACCGAAGAAGUUGUUGGGCGUUUAACCAGAGGCCGCUUGAUCCACUGCAUUCCAUGAUCUUGAAUUUGAG